AUGGCACUCCUGGCUCUGGCCCACUUCAUGUACCAGAUGGUGGGAGCCACCAUUUUCCAGAUGCUGGAGAAAGAAGCAGAGGACCACAACCACUUCCAGCUAGAGAAGCUGCACUUCCUGGCAAACUGCACCUGUUUGGAUGGACUGCACAUGGAGAGAUUUGUGCAGGUAAUUCGAGAUUCUUCCAAGGUUGGGCUUAGUCUGAAAGGGAACCAGACCAUGGACAGCUUCUGGAAGUUCACUAGCUCUGCUGUGUUUGCUGCCACUGUGGUCACCACUAUAGGCUAUGGCAACAUGAGCCCCAGUACAACGGCAGGUCAGAUCUUCUGUGUGUUCUUCGCUCUGUUUGGGAUCCCUCUGAACAUGGUGGUGCUGAACAGAGUAGGCAAGUACAUGCUGGCCAUAGAGAGGAACGCCUGCGAUUUCAUCCAGGGAAAGACCAAUCACAGGAAGUUAACCAGGUUCAUGAUCCACCUGUUGUCCUACCUCUCUGGAACGGCACUCUUCUUUGUGAUGCCCAUGGUGGUGUUCAAACAGCAAGAGGGCUGGAGCUACUCACAGGCAAUCUACUAUUGCUUCAUUUCACUCAGCACCAUUGGCUUCGGAGACUACGUCGCAGACAGUAACCCCGACAAGUACUAUCCAGAGUGGUACAGCAUCCUCAUGGCCUCCUGGAUCUUCUUCGGCCUGGCCUGGUUGGCCCUAGUCAUCAACCACACCGGCGAAAUCCUGGAGCGGCUCAACACCCACCUCAAACACUGGUGGAGCCCUGAGGAACCUAGCAACGCAGGACCGGUGGAUGAGGUCAAGGAGCCCCCGGUGGACGGUUAA